AACUUAAACGGGGUACUGAGGUUUUUAUACGGGUCGAAUAUUUGUUAGUAGAGAGAGCCUUUUGGCCCCAAAGGUAUUGUGACGUAAUAAGAAUCGCUCGCGUUUAUAAAAAAAGGUUUUGGACCAAACCAAACAGAACAGGUUUUAUAGGGUUUAUCUCGUUUUCCCCGUAAUCGUAAUCGGAAAGCCAAAGCCAAUCGAAUUCUCCAUUUCUCUUCUUCUUCCUCUCGUACCCGUAACUCUCUCUCUCUCCCGAUGGCCGCAUCCGCCGUCGCCUCCGGUGCUAGAUCGAUGUUUCGAGCUGCUUCGAGUCGGAGCGUCACUGGCCGCUUCGCCUCUCAAGCGAAAUCAGCCCCGCCCUUGUUUAGAGCCACUGCCAGAAGAAGUCCACUCCUUUCUCCUCUCCGUAAUCCUGUGGAACUGAGCUUCUGUGUGGAGUCAUUGUUGCCAUACCACUCGGCUACUGCUUCAGCUUUAAUGACUUCAAAGCUUUCUGUCUCUGCCCAAACCUAUGGCUGGCUCUCUGACGGCUGACACAAGAGAGGGUAGAUGAAGACAAAGAAGCCAAGAUCUGGUUUUCCUGCAAAUAACAUUUUCUAUAAACAAAUAUUAUGGUUUUUGAGGCAAUAAUAAGGCUUUAGAAAACACAUCAUUCAUUGAUGGUUCUUACACAUCUUCUUAUAAGAAAACAUGUACCACCCGACCAUUUUUUAAUGGAAUGUGUCUUCUUUUCUUGUUGGCUAUUACUGUAUUUGAGUUGAUUUGUAGUAGACACUUUAAUGCAAGUAUAAUUACUGAUUGGUCUU